UGAUAAUUUUACGUUGUUUUCGAAACAUAGAUAGUGUUGUUGAUAUUCCAUUAUGGAACUUUUGGAUUUGGGAGUUACCUUCAGCAGAGUACUUAAAAGCAUUGCGAAACUACCUACCUUUCUUCUUUAUGUGUAAAAUAAUCAACCACCUUAUAUUGAAGAAUAUCAAUUAGAUCUCCAUUAUCCUCACUCUUACAUCCUACUCCAGCUCUUUCUGUCCUCUCUACUAUCUUACUUCCUUUUCUGGGCAAUUCUUCUUCCUCUGAUUGAAUAACCCAUUUCAGAUUUCAUUCAAUUUGGAAAAACUACGCAUUUUAAUCCCUACAAGACUUUUGAUUUAUCUGUUUAUCCAUUAAAUUUAAGUCCUUUAUCUGUGAAAUUUAUUGAUCUUAGCAAUGGCAGGAAGCUCGUAUGAUAAAGUUGUAGCCGUGAUCAUGGUGGGUGGACCCACUAAAGGUACUCGAUUUAGGCCAUUGUCUUUGAAUAUACCAAAACCUCUUUUUCCAUUAGCUGGACAACCUAUGGUUCACCAUCCAAUUUCUGCUUGUAAAAGGAUUCCAAACCUAGCACAAAUCUACUUGGUUGGUUUUUAUGAAGAACGGGAAUUUGCAUUAUAUGUAUCUUCCAUUUCUAAUGCGCUGAGAGUUCCUGUCAGAUACUUGAGAGAAGAUAAACCUCAUGGUUCUGCAGGUGGGCUUUACAAUUUCAGGGAUAUAAUCAUGGAAGAUAGUCCAUCGCAAAUAUUCUUGUUGAAUUGUGAUGUUUGUUGUAGUUUCCCAUUGCCGGAGAUGCUUGAGGCUCACAAAAAGUAUGGAGGAAUGGGAACUAUAUUAGUUAGCAAGGUUUCUGCGGAGUCUGCCAAUCAGUUUGGUGAAUUGGUUGCUGAUCCUGUCACCAAUGAGGUUCUGCAUUACACUGAGAGGCCGGAAACCUUUGUUAGUGAUAGAAUAAAUUGUGGGGUCUAUGCUUUUACACCAGAUAUAUUUGCAGCCAUUCAAGGUGUCUCAAAGCAUAGGAAAGAUUCAGCUAAUUUGAGACGUGUAUCCAGCUUUGAAGCACUGCAAUCAGCUACAAAGAGUCUGCCCUCUGAUUUUGUGAGACUUGACCAAGACAUUUUGACUCCUCUCGCUGGAAAGAAGCAGUUGUAUACAUACGAGACCAUGGACUUCUGGGAGCAAAUCAAGACUCCCGGAAUGUCUCUGAAAUGUUCCGGUCUCUAUCUUAACCAAUUUCGGUUCACUUCCCCGCAUCUUUUGGCAAGUGGUGAUGGUACAAAAAAUGCAAACAUCAUUGGUGAUGUAUACAUCCAUCCCUCGGCUAAAAUAAAUCCCAGUGCUAAGAUCGGUCCAAAUGUUUCAAUCUCCGCUAAUGCUCGUGUUGGACCUGGUGCAAGGCUUAUCAACUGUAUUAUUCUAGAUGAUGUUGAAAUCAAGGAUAAUGCAGUUGUCAUCCAUUCAAUUGUUGGGUGGAAAUCUUCAAUUGGGAAAUGGUCCCGAAUCCAGGCGGAUGGAGAAUAUGGUGCGAAACUUGGAAUAACCAUUCUAGGAGAAUCCGUGACUGUAGAAGACGAAGUGGUGGUGAUCAAGAGCAUUGUGUUACCAAACAAGACGCUAAAUGUUAGUGUGCAAGAGGAGAUCAUAUUGUAGUCAAGUCAUUCUAAGAGCUACUUGAGUUUACCUCCCGACUACUUUUUGGUAUCGAUCUUCUUCAUUCAGUGUUCCGAUUACAAACAUAGCUGGUGCAUAUUUGUAUACGAGGAAUUCUUUCUUCCAAAGAGAAUAAUCAAAAUUUACCAUAUUUUCCUCA